CAGUUAGCGGCGGCUACGUCGUACAUUGAUGUAACGAAGGCGCUAACGAAAGGCGAAUAAAGUGGCCAAAUAGAGCCCUAUGAAUAAGCACGCGUCAAGGAAAGAAUGUCCGAAAUUUGGCAACAAUGCGCCGAGUGUUAGCAGAGAAUCGCCAAACAAACAUUGGUGAAGUUUUGUGUCUUACCAAGCAUGGUGGACGACUAUAAGCUGUUUUGUUUGAAAUAACCUUUAUCGAAAAAAAUACGGGUAAAUUGUCGUGUAAAAUUUUGGAUGUGCGUUAAAUUGUUGUGGUCCAAGUGUCGGUUCUAGAGGGUGUUUUCCACGGGUUUUAGCUGAAAAAGGGAUUGCGUAGAGCUAAAUGCAUGCGCGUGGACAUCGCGCGAAAGCCCAAGGCAGCCCACCCCUAGCGGGCCGCCACUGAUGGCCACCGCGGUUCGAAACCGGCCGCGGGGGCCUGCUCCAGGCUGCGCCAUCGUCGCCCUGCUGCUCUUGGUCUUGUUUCUAAGCUGCUGCGCUCCAGCCAUCGCCAGCGAACUCUCCACCACCGUACCCGAGUCUGCCAUAUGUAGAAGCAUCGAUGUCAGAAACAGGCUUGACUCUUUCAAACAAUUGAACGGGUGUAGGGUCAUUGAAGGAUAUUUGCAAAUACUACUAUUUGACAAUGUGAUCGAUACGGAUUUUGAUAAUAUCUCCUUUCCCGAGCUCACUGAAAUCACAGAUUAUCUCCUCCUCUACAGAGUAAACGGCCUGAAAAGCAUCGGUCAGUUAUUUCCCAAUCUAUCCGUGAUUCGUGGCCAAAACUUGAUGCCCGGUCUCAAGGCUUUCAUCGUUUUCGAAAUGUCAUCUUUACUAGAAAUCGGCCUGCGUUCCUUAACUGACAUCAUGCAGGGAGGCAUUCACAUUGACAAAAAUCCGUCUUUGUGCUUCGUAAAAACGAUCGACUGGGAAAAAAUCGUGCAUGACCUUCACCCUGGUGCCAUUUACAUCAAAAGCCUGAAGCCAGAAAAUGAAUGCCCUGUAUGUCCGGAGUCCGUUAACGGACACCUCUGUCCUCGAUACGAAAAGGACAACAAAAAGUUUAUCUGCUGGAAUAGAGACCACUGUCAGAAGAUCUGCAACUGUGGCAACGGCACAUGUAACUCCAAGGGCAAAUGUUGUAGUUCGCACUGCAUCGGAGGCUGCAGCGAUGAUAUAACAAAAUGCAACGUGUGCCGAAGCUACGUCCUGACUGAUAACAACAACGACGCAGCCAAAUGCGUUAACAAUUGCCCGACAGGCUUCUACGCUUACCUCGGUCGAAGAUGCAUUACUAGAAACGAGUGUGUUCGCAUGCCUAGGCCUAUCGACUUCGAAAUUGGCGAAAACGAUGUAAUAGUCGAAAAUCCCUACAAAAUAUUCAAUGAUUCCUGCUUGCUCAAAUGCCCAACAAACUACGCCGACGAUUAUAACGACCACAGUUGCAAAAAAUGCGACAAUACGUGCAAGAAAGAGUGUCCCGGGGCACGAAUCGAUAGCAUUAACUUGGCCAACAAGUUGAGAGGCUGCACGCAUAUCACGGGCUCGUUAGAGAUCCAGAUUCGCGGCGGGAACAAAGUAGUUAAAGUUCUGGAAGAGAAUCUGGGAAUGAUCGAAGAAAUUGAUGGCUAUCUGAAAGUAGUUCGGUCCUUUUCUCUAGUCAGCUUAAAUUUCUUCAAAACCCUUAAAAGAAUCCGCGGAAAACAAUUGGAAAGCCAAAAGUACAGUCUCGUAGUCCUAGAUAAUCAAAACUUACAAGACUUAUUUGACUGGCAAACGCAUAAGGAUUUCGAUAUUGAGAGAGGCAGCUUAUUUUUCCACUUCAACCCGAGGCUUUGCAUCAGCAAGAUCGAAAAAUUGAGACGAGUAGCCAAGUUGCGCGCUUUCAACGACAUGGAAGUGGCAGCUAACUCCAACGGGGACAAAGUCGCCUGCAAUGUUACUGUGUUGAAAGUAAAGAUUACCUCGAUUACCAGCAAAGGUGCUAUUUUGAGAUGGAGUCCAUUUGAUAUAGAUGACACGAGAAAGCUCCUAAGUUACAUCGUUUAUAGGAUAGAGGCGCCAACUCAAACUGUGAAUUCCUAUGAUGGAAGAGAUGCUUGUGGCAGCGAUAACUGGCACGUAGAUGACGUAGCCAACAAUCCAAGUAAAAAAAAUGUUUCUAUAGAACACGUUCUAACAAACUUAAAACCGUAUACGCAGUACGCCUUUUACAUUAAGACCUAUACAAUAGCAUCGGAACAGCAUGGUGCUGAAAGCCAUAUACAGUAUUUUACUACGAAACCUGCCCAACCAUCGAUACCAAGACAGAUCUCCAUAACGAGUAACUCAAGUGACUCGCUGAUAAUAAAAUGGGCACCACCUAAAAGCCCAAAUGGAAAUAUCACGCACUACAUUGUUUCGGGAAUCAAAUACAAAUCAACGAUGAAACUGAGCAGAGACUAUUGUAAAGACGUGGUAUCGCCGACAGUACCAAACAAGACUACCCAUCAAGCGCCGACGAAACCGCGGAAGAAUACCUGCGAGUUCAGUACAGCUCAACACGAUUCCUUAUCCAACGAUGAAAAGGAAGACUUGGAAUUGAGGAGGAUCAACUUCGAAAACGAGCUUCACAACAAGGUUUACGUGAAAAGGAAGGAAACACACGGAAGGAAUAAGCGAGACACUGAAUAUAUGAUCGACAAAGAUUCGAUAAAUAGAACUUUGUCUGAUUCUCAAACUCCCUACGAUUUUCCAGAGACCGUGGAACAAAGUUAUAACGAAAACAUUGUUAAAAAUAAAACGGAAGUUGGAAAGAAUAUUUUUAUAAACUUCAGCUUCAAAGUACACGGACCUGCCGAAGAAUUUUACAUCAAAAAUUUGCAUCAUUAUACGGCGUAUGAAAUCAGCGUCAGAGCUUGCAGGGAAAAAGUUAAAAAUGACACGGAGCAUCAUUGUAGCGAGGCUGCAAGUGAAACUGCGACAACAAUGAAGAAAGUUGGUGCUGAUAAAAUUACCAACAUCAGAGUGGAUAACAUCACAUCAGACAGUGCUACUGUUUAUUGGCUUCAACCUCAAGAUCCAAACGGCAUGAUAGUAGCAGUCAAUAUUUUUUACAGAAGAGAAGGAAACUUAAACGCCAAAUUCAGCGCGGAUUGUAUUUCCUUCAAAGACUUUUUAAUUUAUACAAAAGAUAACAGGACCAUGAAUUACACUAUCAACAAGCUAUAUGCUGGGAACCACAGUUUAUAUCUCAGAGCUUCUUCCUUUGCUGAACUCGGCGAAGUCAGCGAAACAGUAUUCUUUGACAUACCUGAGGAUUCAUCCAACACCGCUCUCGUUGUUAUUAUAGUUCUUCUGUUUUUAUUAACGGGAGUCCUUGGAGGAGUAUGGUGGUUCUAUAGGAAAACCGUAAAGGAAAGAAAAAAUAUGAGACUUAUACCAGCUGUAAAUCCAGAAUACGUUCCAAGCGUGUAUAUUCCCGAUGAAUGGGAGGUACCUCGUAAAAAGAUCGAGCUAAUAAAAGAGUUGGGCCAAGGAAGUUUCGGGAUGGUUUGGGAAGGAAUUGCUUACGACAUCAGGGGACAGUCUACUGUUAAGUGUGCAGUAAAAACUGUGAAUGAACAUGCCACCAACAGGGAAAGAGCGGAUUUCCUUAACGAAGCAUCAGUAAUGAAGGCGUUCGAUACAACCCACGUUGUGAGGCUACUAGGCGUCGUUUCUCAGGGCCAACCGACGUUAGUAAUAAUGGAACUGAUGGCCCAAGGCGACCUGAAGACCUACCUACGUUCCCACCGGCCGGAAAACAACGAGAAGAAAUCGCCCCCAUCGUUAAAACAGAUCCUUCAAAUGGCCAUCGAGAUCGCAGACGGCAUGGCGUACUUGGAAGCAAAAAAGUUCGUUCACAGAGACUUAGCUGCCCGAAACUGUAUGGUAUCGGACAACGUGACGGUCAAGAUAGGCGAUUUCGGAAUGACCAGGGACAUCUACGAAACAGACUAUUACCGAAAGGGUUCGAAGGGAUUGCUCCCGGUACGGUGGAUGGCACCCGAAAGCCUUAAAGACGGCGUCUUUUCCAGCAGCAGCGACGUGUGGAGCUACGGAGUGGUACUAUGGGAGAUGGCGACGCUAGCCUCCCAGCCGUACCAAGGCCUGGCCAACGACCAGGUACUACGCUACGUCAUCGACGGCGGCGUGAUGCAGCGUCCGGAGAACUGCCCCGACAAGCUGUACGAGUUGAUGCGGCACUGCUGGGACUCCAAGCCUGGACGGCGACCGACGUUUAUGAAGCUGUGCCAACUGUUACUGCCCGAUGCCAACGAACAGUUCUCCAAGGUGUCGUUCUACCACAGCUCGGCGGGUAUGGAGGCGCGGACAGCCAGGGCGAGCUCCCUGCUCACCACGGACAAUGGGGACGUGGACGUGGAGGUGGAUGACGCGGACGCGUCCACACCUUUGAACGCCCUUCCUCCAGACGUGCGUAUCGUGAGUGGCUACGGGAUGUCGGUGUCGGGCAGGUCGGACAGUAUUCAGAGCGUUCAUCUUGACCCCAAUCCGCGCUUUUACAGUAUUUCGGAAGAUAGGACCGCCAAUGGCUAUGUAGGGAAUCACGUAAAAAACGGAAAGGCACAGUCGCAGCGCUGAGAACAAAGUCUAGAGGCUUUUAAAGGUUUUCUAUGCACGUUCUGCGCCCCUAUGUCGUAGUAUUAGACUGGGAAGAAGCGAACGAUUUAAAAUGACCAGCCAUCAGGGUAUGACAUGUUCAAAUGCAACGCGUCCUAGAAGAAAUGCAUGCAACUCUCACAGACGUUCAUAAUAAAAUGCAUCUUGCCUUUACCCAAUGUAAAACAACGAUUCAGUAGUUAAACAGUCCCAAGUUUUGACAACUUGAAAUGUUUGGAUUUGGAUUAAGUAUGCGAAAGUAGAGAUAAGGAUAUUAGAGAAUCAACUACAGAGUCACCUGUUAAGAAUUGCGUGCAUUUCUUUUAGCUACUAGUGUAGGUUUAUGCGGUUCGUUUAGAGAACAAUGAAAAAAGUUUGUUCGAUGUGUUCUGGUGUGAAUGCAGCUUUAGGACUAGCAGCAGGAGCAACCUCGUAGUGUAACUUGGAUAAGUGUUAAUAUAGUGGAGAAUUUGCUGUUUGACUGAGAAUUACGGAUCAGGUAAUAUUUAUGUUUAAUGAGGUAAAAAAGAUGUCGGUGUUCAAAAGAUAUUUACUCUAUAGAUUUAAUCUGGUUUAAUAAAAAAAUAUUCCGAAUGCAUUCGAUUCAAUGGCAGGUUUAUGUUGUUGCUUUCAAACAAUGAGAGACUAGGUACUAAAAAUAUAACCAGAAAAGCUUAAAAAAAGUUUUUUUUUUUAAUUAGGAAAUACAAUCGGUGUUCCUGUUCUUAGAAGUUUGUAUUAGUACCAUUAUGCAUUCUUUUGAACCCUUUGUUUUAUGUUCCUUAUGAUUUCCAGUAUUUUUAAUUAUAUUAAUUACGUAUACGUAACAAAAAUUAAAACAAACCCUGCUGUAUAGUACCUGUGCUGCCCCUAAUAAUAAUUCCCAUAUUUAAGGAUCACUAGCAUUUGCGUUUAGUUUUGAUAUUAGCACUGAUUUUGUUAUUAUUAACCGCUAUUUACUUGAACUGGGAGAUCGCAGUUUGAAAAUGAAAAUCGGGAUAGUGACAAUACACAUACACCUCAGUCUCUUUAUCAGCUGUAGAAAUAAUCUAAAAUAAACAGGAAAGUGUUUUAUUUUUUAUAUACGGCUAUAUUUCGUUUUGUUUGUUCCGGUUUUAUUUGUACAUAGUAUUUUAUAAAUAUUUUAUUAACGAGAUUAAGUAACUAACAGACCUCCUAUCAAGUGUUCCCAUAUUUAUUUUUAAAUCUCUUCCCCCCCGAAAGCGAUUUUUUUAUACAGAUAAUACUCUCGAAAUCUGAUUCCUUAUUAGAGAACAAGGUCCCAAUUCUAACUCAUUUCGGCGAUUGAAUGAUAUCAAUUCAAUUUAUUUUGAAUUCCUUUUUGUUUGGUCGAAAAAGGUUAGAGAAAAUACCUUGUUUAUGUUUACUUCAUCUGUUCGUCAUAUUUAUGUUUCAAACUAGUUUUAAGAAAUUGAAAUUACCAAAGAUAGAAAUAUUAUUAACUUCAAGAGCUCUAUUUCUUUAGGCUUCGUCAAAUUUAUUAAAGAUCUUAUAUUUAAAGUUACUGAUUGAUCUGACUACAAAGUAACAACUAGAAAACGUUAGUUAUUACACUUUUAUUUGCUGUAUAUUUUAUUGUUUCGAGCUUUCUAUGGUUUAAAGAACUACACAAUUAAAAGACUGCUUUCUAAUUUAUAUUUUAGAAAGAAAAUGUGCCACUAUAACCUAAGAACUAAUUGAAAAUUAUGCUUUUUUAAAAAAAGUAAUAAUAAUUUAUAAAAAAAAACAAAAUACUUUAAAAGAUAUCAAUUUUCGAUGAACACAAUCUUUAAAACUGGUCUACCAAGUAGGCCUAAAAAGAUCUAAACAAAUUAAGAUCAACUACCAGAGGUCACUGUCUGGAAAUCAAUCAUUGGCGUAGCGAACUAUAUCUUUAUUAAUGUACCCCCCCACCAUAAAAAAAUAAAAUUAAAACUUUAUAAUAUCGACAGUUGAUAUGUCAGACAUUUGGAUGAGUUUGCAUUGGAUGAUUCUAGUUUUUUUCUGUUUCAUAAUGAGAUUUAUUUAUUUAUUUUAGAUGAUUUAUAAUAAUAAAUAAUGAAAAAAUAGUGCUUAAUCAGGGACACCCUGUAGAUGGAAACAUCUGAACAAUCAGAGAACAAAGUCAGUAAUAAAUAAAUAAAAGAAUUCCUGUUGGUACGAUCAUUUUAUUUGUCGAGAUUCAAGAUGAUAAAUGAUAAUACUAUUAAUAGCAGCAUUGAAUAUUGGAGCACAAGCCAAAUAAUUUGUUUAGAAACUUCGUUUCUUAAGUAUAAUUAUAGAAGGAGAAAAGAUAUUUUUUACCCCUAUCAUGGUUCAAAUUUAAUAAAUUUAUUACAUCAUUGUAAUAAUCGUUUUUUAACAAGAUACUACGAGGAGUUACUUAUGUAGUUGACCCUUUAUUUUUUGCCUUCUUGAAAAAGGGACGCAAAAACCCUAUUAGCUUCUCUCAUUUUGGCCAUGUGCCUAAUUGCCUUAUAUAACACACUUUACAGGGUGUAUUACAUACAAAUCUAUAAUUAUAGAAGUAGAAAAAAAUAUUUUUCGUACUUUUCCAAUAAAUACACCGAUUAAGAGAAGUAACUUUAAAAAUUUACAACAUAAAAUGUAGAGUAAUACCUAACUGAUGCUUUGUUUUUAGUAUUAUGGCUAGAAUUAAUAUUUUUGCCGAAAAUGUGAAUAUGUAGGAAAAAAUAAUUGUUUAAAAAAAUUGAGUAGUGUCUGUUUUUCAUAUUUUUGUUCCGAUCACCAGUUUUGAUAAAAGAGAAUUAAUUAGAAGGUGUAGAAUACGUAAUUUUAGGUCCUUUUGGUCUUGAGAGUAGAGUAGAUGAUGUAGAGAAAUUUUCAACUAACAUCAAAAAUCGUUCAGAAACAAGGGUUCGAAAAAACGAUAUUUUCACAAAAUCAAAGCAGAAAAGCCUUUUAACUACUUUAUAAUUCUAAAUCUACAUAAAAUUUACUAUAAAUACUAGAAUUUUCAAAAUUUUAGAACUAAGUUUACUACUUAUUAUUAAAGAGAGCUGAAAAAGGGUUAAAUAUUUUCGACAUUUUUAUAUACAUUUUUAGUUGUGAAACAUAAGGAAUUUGAAAAAAUACCAUUUAUAUCCUAAUAUAAUAGCCUAGGAAA